GUCUACUCUGAUUGGUCCAGACAUGCAGUGCCGUUGUCCAAUAGCAGGUAGACAUCUGUUCGCUGGAGCGACUCUAAAAUAUUCCCCUCGCUUCCUUCUUCUCCACCUUUUCGCUUCCUCGACUCGGCGACGGAACUGUGGGCUGCAGAGAGCGGAGCUGAAAUCGGCAGAAAAGAUGCAGAUCUUGGGUCUAGUCGGGGUCAUUCUUGCGUUGUACUGUGUACAUGCAAAGGUUUACUUUCGGGAGGAAUUCGUGGACGGUGAUGGAUGGAAAAGUCGCUGGAUAAGCUCCAAACACAAAUCUGACUAUGGAGAGUGGAAACUGACGGCUGGCAACUUCUAUGGAGAUGCUGAGAAAGACAAAGGUCUGCAGACAAGCCAAGAUGCUCGCUUCUACGCUUCCUCUGCCCGUUUUGAGCCUUUCAGCAACGAGGGGAAGCCUCUGGUCAUUCAGUUUACAGUGAAGCACGAGCAGAAGAUUGACUGUGGUGGCGGCUACGUGAAGGUCUUCCCUGCUGACUUGGACCAGGCUGACAUGCAUGGAGAUUCUACCUACUACAUCAUGUUUGGCCCCGACAUCUGUGGCUACAGCACCAAGAAAGUCCACGUCAUCUUUAAUUACAAGGGCAAGAACCACCUGAUCAAGAAAGAGGUCAAGUGCAAGGAUGAUGAGCUCACCCACCUCUACACACUGAUCCUGAACCCAGAUCAGACCUAUGAGGUAAAGAUUGACAAUGAGAAGGUAGAAUCUGGCACCCUGGAGGAGGAUUGGGACUUCCUGCCUCCCAAGAAAAUUAAGGACCCCGAAGCCAAGAAGCCAGAGGACUGGGAUGAUCGUCCCAAGAUCGACGACGCUGAUGACACAAAACCAGAGGACUGGGACAAGCCCGAAAACAUUCCAGAUCCUGAUGCUAAGAAGCCUGAAGACUGGGAUGAGGAUAUGGAUGGAGAGUGGGAACCACCUAUGAUCCCCAACCCUGAGUACAAAGGCGAAUGGAAACCUAAACAGAUCGAUAACCCCGACUACAAAGGACCCUGGGUGCAUCCUGAAAUCGACAAUCCUGAGUACAGCGCUGAUUCAAACAUCUACAAGUUUGACAACAUCGGUGUUCUAGGUCUCGAUCUCUGGCAGGUGAAAUCUGGUACAAUCUUUGACAACUUCGUGAUCACUGACGAUGUGAAAGAAGCAGAAGACAUUGGGAAGGAGACUUGGGGCGUGACAAAGGAGCCAGAAAAGAAAAUGAAACAGGAGCAGGAUGACUUAAAACGAAAGGAGGAAGAGGAGAAGAACAAAGAACAAGGUACCGAGGGGGAUGACGAGGAUGGUGAUGAGGACGGCGAAGAGGUGGAUGACGACGACGGUCUUGACGAAGACAAUGAAGACAUAGAGGAAGCACUUUCUGAGAGUGAUGAUGAGGAAGCAAAAGCUAAAGAUGAGCUUUGAUUUGGUUGUUUUUCCCACCCCUUCCACAGAAACUGUCCUGUAAUUUCCAGGGGUAUUCUGGCUGCUGUGCAUCCUUUCCCUGAGAUUUGGACAUUCAUGGGGUCUCUUGAAAACAGGGGCACGGGGUUGUUAAUGAACUUUGUGUCUUUUUCUCUUGUCAUGUUCCCCUUGAACUGCUGGAUUGAUUCUGUGGUGUUUUCUUUUUUUUUUUUUUUUUUUUUUUUUUUUUUUCCACCAGGAAAACCCAUUCCUCAUCUUUAAGUUAGCACUGUCAUCCACUGUUCUCUUUAUCUUUACGUGUCCCUCCUCUUGCAGAUGUUUUGGUGGGUUGUUGUCCAGUGUAUUUUAAAAUUCACGAACAACUGUGUGAAGCAAUCAUUCUAAUUUUAACUUAAUAGUUAAAAGAAAAAAUACCUAAGGGAUUGUAACUUAUUUUGUUUGUUUCUGUGGCACUGACUUUCCUUUCCACACUCUUGAAGGCUAAAUUAAAUUAAAUGUUGAAACAUGACUGAAUCCUACUUCAAUUGAAAAUGAGUUGUUAUUUGCAAUUGAAACAGAAGGAAUUCAACAUGUGUUCAUGUUAAUGUGAUGGGAUCUGCAAUAUACCCAAAAGUCUGGAGCAACAGAUUGUGAGCCCCCCCGGUGUGACCCAUGCAAGGGUCCCGCUUAUUUUUACUGGACAGAAUGUUAUUGAUACCAAAGUUUUUAUUAAAAGAUUACUCUACCUUAUGGUCUGGUUUUAUUUUGCACAGCCUAAGUGGACACUUAGUAUAAAGGCAAAUCGCCUGAAGCUGCACAAG